UAUAAAUACAGUGAAAAUUCACUGUACCUAAGGAUGCGUUUUUUGAUAGGUACAGUGAAAAUCUAUUUUUAGAAUAUUUUUAAAAUUUACUUUCAUUUUCCAAAAUGCGCAUGCUUUAAAACAACGAGUAUAUUUGCGAAGAGAGUUCUUGAAUAAAAUUUAGUAGUUAAAAGAUUUUCAAUAAGAUUCUUAAAGAUUAAAAAAUGGAGGACAUUUUCAUGAAGAAUUUUAGAGAUUUUGAUGAAGCAGAAAAGUCUGUUAUUGAAUAUUGUAGAAUGAAUUUUCACCCCGUCAAAAUCGACUCAAAAGAAAAAGUUGAACAUUAUAAUAAAAAAGUAAAGGAAGGUUCCCAGAUAUGUUGUAUUCCUCUUAACGCUAUAUAUGGUUGUAGGUGGGUAUGCAAACAUUAUGGAGAAGUAAUGCCCAGUGUCUUAAAGAGAGGCAAAGGGUUACGAGAAAAUAGCGUGCUAGCAAGUGGUUGUAAGAUGGCUAUUUAUGUAGCCUAUAAAAAAGAAAAAAGGAGUUAUUAUAUUAAGAAAAAAAAUUUAGUUCAUAAUCAUCCACAUGGGCCUGAGCAGUUCGGUAUGUAUAGUUCAGAACGUCAACCAAAAGGUGUUCUCGAGCAGCAGACAAUGCUUCUGCUAUCUCAUGGUGCUAAUCCUACACUUAUAACAGACAAUUUAAACAGGCAUGGUUUAAAGACUAGUGAUAUAUAUAACAUAAAGCAAAGAAUGAAAUUUAAAGGUCCUGCACUCGAUGAAGUUAUAAAGGUUCUUGAAUUACCAAACGUCAUAUCCCAUAUUGAUGCCAAUCUUGAUAGAAAAGUAGAGUGUAUAACGUGGACAACUACUGAACAAAUAAAAUUGUUGAAAAAGUAUCCUGAGUGUAUCAUGCUUGAUGGUACCUAUAUGGUUUGUCUUAACAUUGGCUAAGUGUGUGGCGUAAGAUUUUUUUUGAGGGUAUAAUUUCUAUUUAAAAAAAUAGGUAUUUAUAAAAAUAAUGAAUUGCUAUUAAUAAAGUUCCUAAUAAUAUCCAGAUUAACAACUUUUCUAUGCCAUUAUACACAAUGGCUGUUGUGGAUCAAAAUGGCAUGGGGCGACCUGUAGUGCAGUCUUUAGUUUAUCGUGAGGACCAGUCACAUCUACAGCUGCUAAUGACACAUGCUAAGGAAUGGGCUGGGAUUGAAACUUUUCAAAAGUCGAUAUUCAUGGUUGAUAAAGCUCAAGCAGAAAUAUCUGGACUACAGUCUGUUUUUCCAGGAAAUAAAAUAUUUCUCUGUCGCUUUCAUGUAGCUAAAGCUUUUAUUUACCAAAUUAAAAAGGGUAGACUUACUGCUGACGAUCAGGAAUUAUUAUUCAAGGCUACUCAGAAAUUAAUGUACGGUAAUCAGGCAACAUGCGCUGAAGCUUUGUUAGAUAUUGAAAAAAAUUUCCCUACGUUCUAUGUGUAUCUUCAAGAAAACUGGCUGACCAUACCAGAAAUGUUUAUGGGUCAGUAUAGAAAAGGUCUGAUGCAUUUAGACAAUCAUACUAAUAACAGACUUGAAAGAUAUCAUAGAACACUUAAAGAUGUUGGCCUUUUGUCACGCAUGUCACCGGGAAAUCUUAUAGAUAAAAUUCUUAAGGUUAAUAGAGUACAAAUAGAAAAAUCUAAACAUGCAGACUUUGACCAACAACUAAAAAUUAACAAUAAACUUCCAGAGCCACUAAAGUUUUAUUCACGUCAUGUUUCUUCCUUUAUUCUUCGUCAUCUCAUGGAACAAUAUGAUAAAAGUGUCAAGUCUGAUUUUAGUUUAUAUGAGGACAGAGAUUCAUUACAAAUAAUCGAUCGGCAAUCAACUUUUUAUAACAUAAUAGACUGGGUUUGCAUCUGUGAUGCUGCAUCAGGGUUUGGCGUGCCGUGUGCACAUGUUCUUUUUGCUCUAAGAACGAAGAAUGUAACUGUUAAUGAUCUACAGUUCAUUCAUAAAAGGUGGAUUUCAUGCAAUACUGUAGCAAACCAGGUAAGUUUUGACCAAGCGCCAUCACAUAUUACCUCAAAUAUAGAAUUAUUACAUCUCUGUUGUGCCACUCCCAAACAAAGAUUUACAACAGCAAUGAGUUACCUUCAACCAAUAGCCUCUUUGCUCGCUGAAAUGCCACCCAAAAAAUUUGAACUUGCAAUAACCUGGUUAGAAUCUAUUAAUCAACAAUGCAUUUCUGGUGAAUGGGAACUGAUGUUUCAAAGUGAUCCUUGUCUAGAAGUUUUUACACCUGCAAAAGAUCACAGUGAUCCUUGUCUAGGAGGUUUUACAUCUACAGUAGAUCAAAGUGAUCCUUGUCUAGAAGGUUUUACAUCUACAGAAGAUCUAUCAUCAAAAGAAAUUUUAGAAGUUAAAUCACCUUCAAGUGCAGAUCCUAUGAUUACCCCACUUGAAUGCAUAAAUAAAGAAAUAUGUGAAGUAGUCUCUCAAGAGCCACAUAUAAAUUUAGUUUUAAGGCAACCCCAGCGGAAGCCACCUGGUCGUGUAGCUAAAAACAAACAGAGACUUUUUGACAAAGCUAUAAAAGCGUUUGAAAAAUUAGGUAGUUUUGAAAAAGAUCAUAUCCGUCUCUGUUGGUUUGUAGAAAGAACAGUUGCCCUGCAGGUUUUACACGAGAGUGCUAAAAUUACCACCUGCCAGUUUUUAAAGCAGUUAUCGAAUAAGAUUGCUGAUCCUAGAGCAAGUCUUGAUGACAUUAAGCAAUAUUUUGUAGAGGAUGCAUGGGCUGAAGUCAUCAAACGGUGUGAAGAUGUGAGAAUUGAAAAAUGGCCGUGUCAAGUAUGCGGGCAGUCUAAGGCAGCUGGAAAAAACCAAAAAUGGCUUCAGUGUGAUCAUUGUUUAGACUGGUCGCAUUAUGUUUGUCUACAAAUAUCUUGCAAACCUAAAGGAUAUUGGUUCUGUGCUCAAUGUAAAGUAAGGAAAUAGUGGAAUUUAGGUUCAUAUCCUAAUAUAAAAUAUUUUUAAAAGUUUUUAAUAUCUAUUUAUUUAGUGACAUAAAUAAAUAUUAAAAUGUUUAUUAUUUAUUAUUUAUAGAAACGGUUAGUAUAUUUUAAUAUUU